AUGAUGCAGAUGUCUGACUCUCACAGCCAGAAGAACUCUCUGUUCACAGCCAUGAACCGAUUCAUCGGCGCAGUCAACAACAUGGACCAGACGGUGAUGGUUCCCAGCCUGCUGCGUGAUGUCCCGCUGGAGCAGGAGAAAGACCUGCACACCCUCAGUCACGAACCCGGGAGCUACCUGCGUGACGCAGAGGCUGACAUGUUCAGCUACUACACCCAGCUCAAAGCCAUCCGUAACGACAUCCAAUGGGGCGUGCUGAGGGCAGAGGAACAGCGCAGGAAUAAGGAGAAGGAGGUGGAGGUGCCACAGAUGGAAGGAGAGGAAGAAGCGGCCGAUUUGGAGCAGCUCUUCCGGUUCCACCUGAGAGGGCUACAAGGGGUUCUGUCCAGACUCACCCACCAAGCCAACGAGCUCACCGACCGCUACAAGCAGGAGAUUGGCAUCGCUGGCUGGGGCCAGUGA